ACCUCUGAUGGCCAGUGGUUCAGGCCUGCUGUGGGUCUGGACCUGUGUGGUGGCGCUGACGCCGGUGAUGACUUGUCCCUUAAGCUGCCACUGUAUUGAAAAGAAUGGCAUGAAGAUGGUUCAGUGUAUGUCGCGCAAUUUGGAGGCGAUCCCGCCAGACCUCCCGAGGGAUACCGCUGUGCUGCUUUUGGCAUUCAACCACAUUACUCACAUCCCCAGGCACGCCUUCCGAGACCUCAACUACCUGCAGGAGUUGGACCUGUCAAACAACGACAUCGAGACGGUUGACGUCGGAGCGUUCCAGGGUCUGUCCGAGAGUCUGCUGGUUCUCAAUCUUGCUAACAAUCGCAUCGAGAGCGUCCCCAAGGAGGCUUUCACCCGCCUCCGGGCCAGAAUCAGCCUCUCGCACAACCCGUGGCACUGCGAGUGCACCCUGCAGGAGGUCCUGAGGGAGCUGAGGUUGGACCCCGAGACGGUGAACCAGGUGAUCUGCCACAGCGCCGUGCAGGAGGAAUACGCCGGGAAGCCUCUCAUCCAGGUUCUGGACUCAGGGAUCAAUUUUUGCAACUUUCACCACAAAACCACCGACGUGGCCAUGUUUGUCACCAUGUUCGGCUGGUUCACCAUGGUGAUCGCCUACGUCAUCUACUACGUCCGACACAAUCAGGAGGACGCCAGGAGGCACCUGGAGUACCUCAAGUCACUGCCCAGCAGCUCUCAGAUCGGCAAGGACUUGGACACCAUCAGCACCGUUCUCUAGCAAAUGUACGCCACUUUUCUGUCAGUCUUUCGGAAGCGGGCAGGAAAACCAGCAGUGCAUCAUGCGACUCUCUGGAUGCCAUGAUGAACAGAGCAUCCAGUGAUGAAUGUUGGGGUCGAUGAUUGAGUUUGGACUGAGACGAAUGAGGAGGGUGGUUCCGUCGACUUCCACUUACUGAUUUAUGUUCUUCAAGUCUCGUAGUCAAGGUGACGCCACAUAAAGAAGUUUACCUCAAGUUGACCCUGAAGACAGGCUGAUGGCGUCGGAGCGUUGUGGUCCCAUUUUUCAUGCUUUAAUGUGUUCAUCAAUCACGUUUCCCUUUUCCUUGACUCUGUAAAUUGUGGAUUUUUGUCUGUGCUAUGUAAAAUUGUGCCGCAGAUCUUUGCAGGGCACGUGAGGCGAUGGAUGAGAUGACAUCAGUGCACCCUUAGGUAAUGGCUCAGUGACAUAGCGUCAGUUCAUAUACUCUUGCCCUGAGGUCUUUUGUUUUUCGGCAUUUUGCGUAAGAAUUAUUUCAGCCCGACGACAGAAAUAUUUUAAAGUCUUGUAGGGAAGGAAGGGAUGGGCUGGUGAGGCUUCAUGAAACAGGGGCCUCUUUUCACAGCUCAGAAGGUGGCGCUCUUGUCUUUAAAAUGAUGUGAGGUUUCAACUGAAAUAGUUAUGA